UGUGAUUGGUCAGCGUGUGUUCUCCCAAUGUUUGUAAAUUGUAGACUGGAGACACUGCUGUGUGUAGAUCUCAGCGCGCAAAUGUAUUUUCUAAUGUUUAUAAACAUUUAUUGUUUAGAUUAUAUUUAAAAUUUACUGGUCGUUGGACAGUAAAGCGGGACAGAUCAUCUUGACGACGUUGAGGAUCUAAAAGAACCGUUAAGGCAGAAAGAGACUAUAAUGGUCCUUAGUCAGAUGGAUGCCGGUAAAGCUUUGACGGCGGCAGCAGCCAAAGGAGACAGCAGCGAAGUGCAGAGGAUCCUGGAGGACUGCAGAGUGCAUCCUGAUACUCUCAAUGAGUUUGGCAGAACUGCGCUACAGGUGAUGAUGAUGGGAAACUCCAAGGUCGCCAGUCUGCUGCUGGAAAAAGGAGCAGACCCAAACAUCCAGGACAAACACGGGAUAGCGCCGGUCCACGAUGCAGCCCGUACAGGAUUCCUGGACACUUUGCAGGUUCUGGUGGAGUAUGGUGCAUCGGUAAACGUGUCGGACCAGAGUGGUGCCCUGCCCAUCCACAUCGCCAUCCAUGAGGGCCACCGUGAUGUUGUGGAGUUCUUGGCUCCGCGCUCUGACCUGAAGCAUGCUAACAUCAGCGGUCAGACAGCCAUAGACGUGGCUCGAGCUUCAUGUGUGCCUGAUAUGAUUGACUUGCUUUUCGCUCACAUUCAUAGUUAGUCUGGGUGCCGGGUGCCUUGGGAGUCACCCUGACCCGACUUUGUUUUUUGCUUCAAACCUGGCAACUUGAAUUCACAGCUGUGUAAAGGAUUAUUUUUUGUUAAUAGAAGCUCAGCAUUAAUAUGUGACACAGGACAUAUUGUCUUGGCAGCUUAUUUUCAAUGGAUGGGUGCCUACAUACAGUAGACUCCUCUUUUGCACAGUGCGGUUCUGGCACCUUAUAUCUCUGUUGUCCCUUUUCGUUGGGAGUGCACAUUUGUAAAUAGUUUCCCCCAGUGUUUGUUUUUAUAAUUAUCAUAUUAAUUCUAUUGUGUAAGAAUUGUAACAGUUUAUGAAAUGUAUGCGUUUUUUUAAACAUUUUAAAAAACUUGACAUGGUGCACCCUCAUUGCUUUUCAUAGUUGUGUUUCUCUUCAUUAGAUGUUCUUAGACUUUGAAUUAACUCUUAUUUAUUGUUGGAAUAGAACUGAAGAUUCUUGUGAUUUUGUAUAUAUCAACAUUUAUCGUGAUUUGUUAAAAUGUUAUUUAUAUAAAUACUUUUAAAUCCAAAGUGAGAUUAUUCACUUAAGUAUUUGAAGAAGCAAGCACAAAAUAAAGUGUUGAACUUU